AUGUCUUCCUUUCUCAAUAAGCUCACUGGCACCACAAACUCCUCUGCUAACUCGAGCGGGGGAAUGACAGGAACAAGCGCCAACGGUGGUAUGAGUGGGUCAAACCAGAACGAAGACUACGGUGACAAAGCUCUUGACUUCAUCGAAAAAAAGACCGGACAUACGCUUGGUCGUGAUACCAAUGAAAAGAUCACCGAUGGCGUAAGGAAUCAGUAUGAGAAGAUGUCUGGGAAGACCGUGUCAUCGAAAGUGUCUAAUUAA